AUGUAUGCUUCUCACUCUCAAGCAAAAGAGUUUCAACUGCGUUUUCAACUUACUAAUCUUUCCAAAGGUGACCAAUCAAUUUCUAAAUAUUUUGGAAAGGUUCGACCCCUUGCUGACUCUCUUGCUGCUACUGGUACUCAUCUCCCAAACAAAGAGAUUGUUACAUACUUGCUAAAUGGCCUUGGACAAUCUUAUGAAACUUUUAUUACUUCGGUAACAACCAGAGUCAAGCCUCUCUCGUCGCAUGAGUUGUACCAACUCUUGCUCAUACAUGAGGCACGAGCAUCCCACCUAACAAGGAACAAUGUAUCCUCUGUUGAACCCACUGCCAACUUCAGUGCCUCAAGUGGGCGUGACCAACGCGGCCGUGGUUUCUCUCGCGGUGGACGCCAAGGUCGAGGGAGAGGUCCAUUCAACUCCAACUCUCAUGGUGGUAGAACCAACUCCUUCACAAACUCUGCAAAUCCUACACCUCAGUAUACUGCCCAGCGCCCUCAAUGCCAGGUUUGCAAUAAAUCUGGCCAUGUUGCACUUCAAUGCCGAUACAGGUUUGAUCACUCCUAUCAGCUUGAUGCUCCACGAUCCUUUUUGGCUAACUACAUUGCUCCUGCAUCAUUCUCUGAUUCAUCAUAG